ACGGAAGCAGGGAAGCGCCGCGAGCGUCGUAAAAGGCCGAACCGGACCGCUUUACGGCGGCGCCGAGAGACCGCUUUACGGCGGCGCCCAGCCAGAGGCGCGAGUGGAGAGUGAGGCGGGCGCGUGGGCUUCUCCCAAACGGGAGUCGGUGUGUGAGGAGCCCAUCCCGUAGCCGGGCCGGGCCUCUGUGGGCCUCCACCGGCCGCAGGGCCGCGCCGGGCAGCCGUCGCCUCGUCCCGCUUCUCCGCUGAGGCGCCGCGCGGCCGGGCGGGGAUCCAGGCCUCAGCCGGCGCCAGGGCCUCCGGGGCCCUGCGGGGCUCAGCAUGCCCGGGGUGAAGCUGACCACCCAGGCUUACUGCAAGAUGGUGCUGCACGGCGCCAAGUACCCCCACUGCGCCGUCAACGGACUGCUGGUGGCCGAGAAGCAGAAGCCGCGCAAGGAGCACCUGCCCCUGGGCGGCCCGGGCGCCCACCACACCCUCUUCGUGGACUGUAUCCCCCUUUUCCACGGCACCCUGGCCCUCGCCCCCAUGCUGGAGGUGGCCCUUACCCUGAUUGAUUCAUGGUGCAAAGAUAAUAGCUAUGUGAUUGCCGGUUAUUAUCAAGCUAACGAACGAGUCAAGGAUGCUAGGUAUGUCCGUGCAAAAACCCUGUUGUCUGAAAGAUUGAUCAUGGGACAGACCAUCUCUGAUGUGCCUUUUGACUUCUGUCGUCUCUGUGAGAACAAAACCCUCCUCGCCUUUUAUGCUUGUUUGUGGUGUUGGAGGGGAACUGUGGUGUGGAUGAUUCCAAACAACAGAAAUGCCAGCACUUAAAUUAAUUUGGGAUUGUGUUUUAAGUCUUCUUUAUUUUGCUUGAAGGGAGUUCACACAAUGAAAGCAACAGGUAGAGGCCUCCGAUUUCUGUCCCAGCUAGGAAUGGCGUAGGGCAGAGCAUUAGGAAAGAACACUGUUCUCUUUGGGGGCGCCUGGGUGGCUCAGUCGU